AUGUCCAUGCUGAGCCACAGUCAGGGAGUAGAGCUGGCCAGAAAGGGAGGGGGUGAGAGAUGGAAAGAGCAGGAGCAGAGAUGGAAAGAGCAGUGCAAUAGAAUGACAUGUCUGGGAAGCAGCAAAUACUUUCUUGAUACUGGAGCUUCACAUAUGAGGCAGGAUAUAGUGGAUGAUGAGACUAGAGAAGAAGGUGUGGCCACAUCAUGGAAUGAUUUAAAUGCUAUUUUAAAAAGUGUAGAUCCUAACCAAUUGGUCAUGGUUAGCAAAGAAACAGCACAUGUACCACCUUCCUCCCUGUCUAUUCCCAAGGUAGACAUAAUUAACAGUUAUUGA